GGCGAGCCUCGCAACAUAAAACCGCUUCGAGAUAUCUUGGAAAAUGACGAAUAAACGCUACAAGCUGCAUUUUACAUGUGCAAUAUCACUAGAUAAUACAUAGAUUAUUUGUCGUCAUUCUCCGAAGUAUUAAAGGCUAGAAACGUCAUGGCAGCACCAGGUGAAACCUACGUCGCGGCUUUCCCGUCAAAGCCUAAACCUUACAUCUCAUACGGGUUGACCUUCGAUAAGGCCUGUGCUCACCACGCCGAGAACACCUUUCAUGCUUCGCGCAUCUAUGUCGUUGUGUCGAAGUCAAUCAGCAAGACCGAGGCCUUCACCACCCUCCAAAACGCCCUCGGCGACAAGAUCGUCGGCGUUCGAUAUGGCAUUCUCCCCCACACUCCGUGGGAGGACGUGCUAGAACUCGCGAACGAUCUGAAGACCAAAAACCCGGAUCUCAUCAUCACACUCGGAGCCGGUUCGAUCUCCGAUGGCGUUAAGCUCGCGCGGCUCCUGGCCGCAAACGACGUAUCGGACCAGCAAGGCGCCGACGCGCUCUACGCCAAAUGCCCCGCCGACCUGAGGAACCUGGACAACGCGUCGCCGGAGGUGAAGGCGGCCAAGGCGCCGGUGAUCUUCGUGCCGACGACGCUGUCCGGAGGAGAGUUCACGCCGGCCGGGGCGGCGACGAACAUGCGCACGUUCGAGAAGCGCAACCUGAUGCACGCGUCGAUGGUGGCGGACCUCGUCGUGUUCGACCCGGCGCUGACGGUCGGCACGCCCGCCCGCUUCUGGCUGUCGACCGGCAUGCGCGGCGUCGACCACUGCGUCGAGGGCCUGUACGCGAACCUGCCCGGCGCGAGCCCGGAGACGAGCGCCGAGCUGGCCAAGGCGCUAAGGGGCCUGCUCGUCGGCUUGCUGAAGACGAAGAAGAAGUGGGAUGAUCUCGACGCACGCUUGCAGACGCAGCUCUCGGUCAGGGUCGCGGUCAGGGCGCUGUAUAAUGGUAUGGGCGCGAGCCACGGCAUCGGGCAUCAGCUUGGGCCCAUGGGCGUCGGACACGGCGAGACGAGCUGUAUUAUCCUCCCGGCUGUGAUGAAGUAUAACUGGGCCCACGGGGACGAGAAGAUGCACGAGUCGCUCCGCCAGGUUACGUCCGCGUUCUGGGACGAGCCGGUAGUGGUCGAGGCUCUUGGGCUGAAGGAGGCGGACAGGGACUCGAAAGAUCCGGGAGAUUUGGUCGCCGCGUUUGUCAGCGCUCUUGGACUGCCGAGUAGCAUGAGCCAGUUCGGCAUCGGGAGCGACAAGUACGAGAACCUGGCGGAAAACUCUAUGAGGGAUCCGUGUGUGCUUGUGAAUUCUGUCAAGCUUGACAAGGAUAAGAUCAUUGAGAUUCUUAAGAUGGCGGCCUAAGGGUAUAGUAAUUCACUAUGAUUGCCUGGGGUUUUACAUUUGAUGGAUUAGGGAUAGUUAAAACCGUUUUAGCUCUUGUAUAACGUUCAUUUAGGGCUGAGGUAUAUAGUUAUUCCUACUUGGAUUUCUAUGACAAUUCUGAGUUCUCUAUUGUUUUUCAUAUAGAUAGAGCGAACUCGGGCUUACCUAUUCGCGACACUCAGGAGAAUGUAGAUCUAGAUACUAGCUAAUACACGAAUCAUGGGAUUAUGUAA